CAGUGUUCGGGAGGGAGGUGAUCACUCUCUUGUCACCACCUGUGAGUGCGUGAGUGUAUUUGGCUAAAAAAGAUUACUACAAUUAUGUUGGCAACUUUGGCACAUUGGACGAUUUAGAGUGUAUUUUGUGUGCACGGCUGUGGUGUCGAGAUUGGAAAAAUGAUGGCUCCCUCAUGACCCGAGUGGAAAAAUGAAUCACAGGAAUAAAUAACACGAAAGAUUUCAAUACAACUAAGCCUGCUGGUUCCAAAAGCCCGAAAUUUUUAACCUGCCCCUUAAAAUUCGUCCAACACAGAACAUGAAAUACUAAGCAACUGAGAAAAGAAUAAGAAAAAAUACAAGAAGGAAUCGCGCCACGAGAAGAAGAAAAAAUCCGAGAAAACAAAACUUCUCCCCCAAAAAGCGAUAAAAAUGCCGAAGAAAAGCGUUAUUACCGCCCUGCUGCUCCACCUCCUCGUCCUCCUGGCCCCUCCUGCGCAGGGCCUCGGGCAGGACUCGUCGCUGGACAUCAACUCGAGGAAAUGCGAGAGGAUUACCAUACCCAUGUGCAAGGAAAUGCCCUACAACUACACCAGCAUGCCCAACCUGCUGGGCCAUUUCACACAGGCGGAGGCGGCGAUACACGU